AUGAGUACCUGUGGUAGUCUGGAAAAUAGCGACAUCCAAGUCCAGGGCGCGGAGAAUGGAGGGACCUCCCAGAAGGGGGAGAACCCCGUGGAUGAAGGAAACGUGGGGGAAACCAAGUCAGGGGAUAUAAAACCAGCCCAUAUGGACGAAGAACCGAAGAAGGAAGAAGAAGAAGAAGAAAAAGCGAAGCUUCAAGCAUCCACCCUGGACGACGGUGUAAACAUCAGCAGAAUUAUAGAGCGCCUAGCAAAAGAGGACCCACAGUCCUUGGCAAAAAUAUAUAGCCUAAUGAAAAGCAACAACUGCCUUAAUUUCUACCCCCUGUUGACACCGUAUCAUAAUAUAGAAAGAAUUGUAGAUAUACUGAUUGAGGAGAACUAUGAACAUGAGAACACAUGGUGCGUACACUGUGAUGCUGUAUUCAUCUGCCAACUUUUGUAUGAAGGAUUCAUCCCUGUGGCGAGCAAGCAGAAGGUUUGUAGAAUGGUCAAUAAUGAAACGAAAGUAGUGAAGGAAUGCCUGUUGAUACCCAAAAUUCACUACGUCAGGUCGUGUAUGCACCCCAGUGAAAUACACAUAUCAAGGAAAGUGAAGAAGAAAUGUAAGAGUUAUUACAUCACUGUGGAUAAGGACUUCGAUGGAGUGCUCCAGGGUAUUGUGGAAAAACAUGGACAGAAUUGGCUUUACCCCUUUGUGCAGAAGGAAUUUAAGAGAAUUUUUGAGGAGCAAGUUACGUACAAGAAUGUACGUAUGCAUUCAGUCGAAUUAUGGUGUGAUGGUUUUUUAGCGGCAGGAGAGAUUGGAUGCACUGUGGGUUCUAUUUACACUAGCCUUACAGGGUUCCAGAGAAAGAAUUGUGCCGGUACCAUUCAACUGUGUGCCUUGGCGAAACUUUUGCAACAUCAACAGUUUGAUCUGUGGGAUUUGGGCAUGCUUCUCCCUUACAAGAAAACCAUAGGAUCCAAGGAAAUCUCAAUGAAGGAUUUUUUUAAAAUGCACCGCGUGUUCAAACAUAAGACUGCGCCCUUUCGUGUCCCCUUCCAGGACAAACUCAACUGCGGCAUCCUCAUCAAUGGCACGGAGGAUGUGCGCCCUGAGGUGAACGCAGAAAUGCACUCCGAGUAG